AUGUGGGCCUGGGCGCUGUGGGCGCUCCCUCUGCUCUGCCCCGGCGGCCGGGCAGCUCUGCCGGCCAAGCCCGAGAACAUUUCUUGCAUCUACUACUACAGGGAGAAUUUCACCUGCACCUGGAGCCCAGACACGGAAGCCGGUGACACGUGGUACAGGGUCAGGAGGACUUACUCUUCCGGACAUAAAAAUGACACUUGUAAUCCUACAAGCGAGACUCCCACUUCCUGCUCCUUCUUUCCUCCAAUAACCAUCCCGGACAGUUACACCAUUCAAGUGGAGGCUCAGAAUGCGGACGGGACCGUGGAGUCUGACGUGACACAUUGGCCCUUAGUUACCAUAGUAAAAAUGGAACCACCGGUGAUUUACAGUGUGACACCAGUUUUGGGCAUCAAACGGAUGCUUCAGAUACAAUGGGCCAAGCCCGAGCUGGCCCCCGCCUCUUCCGAGUUAAAAUGCCGGCUUCGGUUCAGGACAGCGAACAGCACCCCCUGGAUGGAAGUCAGCUUCGAAAAAGAAAAAGGGAUCGAGAGAAACCACACCUACAACCUCACGGGGCUGCAGGCCUUCACGGAGUACGAGGUGGCGCUGCGCUGUGCGGCCCGGGAGUCCGCCUUCUGGAGUGGCUGGAGCCCAGUGCGCAGCGGGGCCACCGAGGAGGAAGCUCCCCUGGGCCUGGAUCUGUGGAGAGUGCUGGGACCCGCUCGGGAGAACGGGAGCCGCCCCGUGAGGCUGCUGUGGAAGGUUUCCCGUGCUCAGAAGGCCUUGGAGAGAGCACUCAGCUACCGGGUCUGGUUCUUUCCGGAAAACACCACCAACCUCACGGAGACCGUGACCACCCACCCGCAGCUGGAGCUGACGCUGGGCGCCGAGGCCUAUCGGGUGUCGGUGGUGGCCUAUAACUCGCUGGGCCAGAGUCCGGCCGCCACCCUGCGGAUCCCGGCCGCCGCCGAGGAGGCGUUCCCGGGCAUCGACGCCGUGCAGGCCCGUCUCUCGCAGGACCGGCUGGUGGUGGCGUGGCAGAGCUCCGCUCCGCACGCGGACUCAUGGAUGGUGGAGUGGCUCCCGGAUCUGGACUCCGAGCCCCCCACCCUGUCCUGGGAGGCGGUGACCGGGGCCAGGAACUGGACGAUCCGGCAAGAUGAAUUAACCCCCCUCCAGUGCUAUAACAUCUCCGUGUAUCCAAUGUGGCAAGACCGUGUGGGCAAGCCGUACUCUGUCCAGGCCUAUGCCAAGGAAGGCGUCCCGUCAGCAGGUCCCGUGACCAAGGCGGAGGGCAUCGGCGUGAAGACUGUCACCAUCACGUGGGAAGAGAUUCCCAAACAUCAGAGAAACGGUUUCAUCCGCAGCUACACCAUUUUCUACCAAGCCGAGGGCGGGGAGGCAUUCGCCAAGACGGUCGGCGCCAGCGCCCUGCGGUGUGGCCUGGAGUCCUUGAGGCGAAAGACCUCUUACUCCGUCCGGGUCAUGGCCAGCACCAGCGCCGGGGGGGUCAACGGCACCAGGAUCAACUUCAAGACGCUGUCAAUCAGUGUCCUGGAGAUCUGCCUCGUGGCCGCGCUGGGCGGGGGCGGGAUGCUCAUCCUCAGCGUCCUGGCCGCGGCCUGUGGCCUCCAGAAGCCCAAGUUGAAGCACCUGUGUUGGCCGGAAGUCCCCAACCCUGCCGAGAGCAGCUUGGCCGCAUGGCGAGGCAGGGGCCUCAAGGAUAAGCCGAACCUGAAGGAGGGUGAUGAUGUGAGCACAGAGGACGGCAUUCUCAAGCCCCAUGCUGCCCCCAGUGACCUCAUUGACAAGUUGGCAGUGAACUUCGGGAAUUUCCAGGAAGAGGUUUCCGCAGAGGAAGCGGGAAAGGGCCAGGAAAACAUUCUGGGAGGGGACAAGAAUGAGUACGUGACCUCCCCCUUCAGGCCUUACUGUUUGCUGGAGCCACUCACUGAAGCUCCGCCCACUGUGGCCGAGGCUCCGCCCAGAGAGCCCCAGAGCCUGUGCUCUGGCAGCCAGGAGGGCACCAGCCCAGAGGCUGAGGAGCAACUUGUCCCUUCUGCCCAGCGUCCAGGGCCCGCCAGCGCCUGCGAGGAGGAGGGGGCGCCCAACCCGUAUCUGAAAAACUCGGUGACCACCAGGGAGUUUCUCGUGUCUGAGGAACUUCCAGACCAAACCAAGAGAGCCACCUAG